AUGAGCAACCACGAGAAUCUCACAGAAUGGGCUUUGAGUCGUGGCUACAAGCUCAAUGGUAUCAAAGCCCAUGCCUUCGCUGGCAGGGGUUUAGGUGUCCUGGCCGAGAGGAAUAUUGAGCCCGGAGAAGUCCUGAUGACCAUACCUAUGAGUGCUGUACGUACCGCUGAGACGUUGCCCAAGAAGAUUAUUGAAUCACUGCAUUCGUGCAGCAACAACGGACUUCUCGCGGUUGAGUUGGCCCAGGACGAAUCCAGCGAAUAUGCUAUUUGGCGACAGAGUCUUCCCAGCAUGGAGGACUUUCAGACCCUGCCAGUCACGUGGGAAGAAGGCGUUGCUAAGUUUCUGCCGUCCAAAGCAAGAGGUGUUCUGUCCAAGCAAGCAGCCAAAAUACAAAAAGACUGGGAUGCAGUGUCAGCCGGGCACAUCAACAUAUCUUUCGAGGAGUUUCGUUACUUUUGGCUCUUGAUCAACACAAGGACGUUCUAUCACACUCCUCCCAAAAUGAAGUUGCCCCCAGUAAAUUCGGACGAAUGCCUAGCCGUGGUGCCAUAUGGAGAUUACUUCAACCAUGCUGACAUUGGCUGUAAAGUGUCAUACUCAGCAUCAUCUUAUGAGAUCACAGCAGAUCGACGGUACGAUAGAGGGGAAGAGGUGUUGAUCUCAUACGGCAGCCACUCGAACGAUCUCUUGCUUGUCGAGUACGGGUUCAUUUUUGACGGGAAUCGCUGGGAUGAGACCACCCUCGAUGAUGUUGUCAUUCCUUUACUGAGUGAAGAUCGGAAAAAGAUCCUUCAGGAUGAAGGGUACUGGCUAAAUUACCACCUUGAUCGGGAUGGAGCAUGCUACCGGACAAAAGUGGCAGUGAGACUGCUCUGCAUGCCUCUACGGCAGUGGCGGCGUGGCUUAGCAAAGGGGUUUGAUGACGACGAUAGGUAUAAGCGCAUUGUCAAUGGGCUCCUUCUAAAAGUAUUUGGGAACUAUAGGAGUAUUGUGAGGGGCCGACUUGAGCAGAUCUCGAAGCUGACUGCCGGUGUCCAUGUUCAAAGAGAUAUUCUAAGAAGGCGCUGGGGUCAAAUAGACGCGAUCAUAUUAGCUGCAAUCGAGCAAAUCAAAAAUUAG